AUGCAACCUGCACUUAAAAAUCAAUCCACACGGCAAUUAUUAAGACCCUUCAGUUCAUGGUCUUUUGCCAUUAAAAAUGCAAGAUCACCUCGAAGAGCCUUGUCACUCUACGCUCAAAUGCAACGCCAAGCCAUUCCCUUCGACAGUUUCGCCAUUCUUUUCACUCUCAGAUCAUGCACCCAGUUGCGCAACCUUCCCCUCAUAUGCCACCUACAUGCCCAUCUCCUCAAAUUAGGCUUUAAUAUCCAUGUGUAUGUUGCCACCUCUCUGCUUAACGCCUAUGCUGGAACCUCGCUUGAGUGUGCAUACAAGCUGUUCGAUGAAAUUCCCGUGAGAAAUACUGUCACGUGGAACACGAUAAUAACUUGCUUUUCUCGUUCCGGGGACGUUAAAGGAGCGAGGAAGAUGUUCGAUCAGAUGCCUUUGAGAGACCUAGCUUCGUGGUCGGCAAUGAUAGCUGGAUACAUGAACAAUGGGCAUUGGGAGGAAGGUGUGGCGCUCUUCCAAGAAAUGGUUAUGUUUGAACAACUAAAGCCUGAUCAAGUGACCAUUGGGCCAAUAUUGGCGGGCUGUUCUGAAAUGGGUUCAAUUGGUUUGCUCCUUGGGAAAUCAGUGCAUGGUUUUGUCGUGAAGAAUCAUUGGGAACUUAAUGUUGAGCUUGGUACUUGUUUAGUAGACAUGUAUGCUAAAUGUGGAUUCUUGAAUUUUGCUUCUCUGGUUUUCGAUAUGAUGAAAGAUAGAAAUGUCGUUACUUGGACUGCUUUAAUUUGUGGAGCAGCAAAACAUGGUUUUGGAACUGAAGCGUUGGAGAUAUUCAAGAAAAUGAGACAGGGGGGUGUGCUACCUAACGAGUUUACGUUCACUGGGCUACUUAGUGCUUGUGUACAAGCAGGGCUGGUCGAUGAAGGUCGCGGAUAUUUCAAAAUGAUCAAAGAGUGUGGACUGAGACCAACAAUUCAGCAUUAUGGCUGCAUGGUUGAUUUAUUUGGGAAGGCUGGGUUGUUAGGGGAAGCAUAUGAAGUUAUCAAUACUAUGUCACCCGAGCCUAACAUAGUUAUAUGGGGUUCCUUUUUGUCAUCUUGCAAGUUGCAUAAACAAUUUGAGAUGGCAGAGCGAGUGAUUGAGAGGGUCAUGAAUGUGGUGAGGCCAGAGAAUGAUGGAGGGGUUUAUACCCUUAUCUCAGACUUGUAUGUUCUGGGUGGUAAAUGGGCCAAAGCCGAGAGGGUGAGGCAGUUGAUGCUCCAUCAACAUGUGAGGAAAGCCAGAGGAUGUAGUUUUAUACGAAAUAAUACAACAUGA